GUGGACGUGUUGCUUCAGAGCAGUGUAUCCUUAGCAUCCUCAUUCAUCACCAUGAUGAAGACCAUCACUGCUUUUGCCAUUCUUGCUCUGGCAGCCACCACAUGGGCAGGCUCUCCACCUGUAAGAGGAACACAGGUGGACUGCUCCCAAUACAUGGCAAACCAUGGCAGGAUUGCAUGUUUAAAGAUAUAUAAACCAAUAUGUGGCUCAGAUGAGGAAGUCUACAGUAAUGAAUGCAUGUUUUGUAUUAUGCAACAAGAAAGAGGACUUCAACUCAGAAAACUUCAUGAUGGGGAAUGUAUUAAGUGCAAACAGUAUUCUGCUAUAUGCACCAUGGAAUACAGACCUCACUGUGGAUCUGAUGGAGCAGUGUAUGGCAACAGAUGUCUGUUUUGCAAUGCUGUUGUGAGGAGCCGUGGUGCACUGUAUUUGGCAAAUUAUGGAUCAUGCUGAGUCUCCUGGAUGCUCAUGGGC